UCUCUCUCCCCUCUGCAAUCUAUACAAACACGCAUUUACAGCUCUAUAUAUGUAGUGAGGGAAACCAUCCCCGUCAUCUCACCUGAAAUCUAGACAGUUCCGCAAAUCCUAUUUCAUCUCACCCACCGCCACACCUUCGCCGGCAAUUACGGCGCCAACUUCAUCUUUGACGUCAACUCCAACGACCCCAUCUCCGUCCCCAUCUCCGGCAACUCCAUCUCCGUCCACAUCUCGGAUCCCUCCCACGCCACGAACCCCUCCAAGCUUCCAAAUUUCAGCGCCCAACAUCGCCGCACUGCUGGCGACACCCACUGUGGGCACCUCUCCUACGGCGGAGCAACAAGAAGAGUGAUCGGUCUCUUUCUCACUCUCUCGUGUGUCUGGCUUUGGAUUUUGGCGUGUUUGGUACUGUGAUAGGGAAGCGGGGUUAUUUUUGGGAACACAGGAGAACAAAGUCCUGGCGCCGCUAAGGAAAAUAUUGAUGUAAGACGGCCCAGUUGGAUUGCUCGACACCACGUGUAUUUAAAAUUUAGGGCCCACCUGUUACCCACUCGAAAUUUCUCCUAAAUCCGAGUCGUAGUUCGGUUACUUGAACUCCAAGACUUUUAUUACUCUACAAUUUUUGAUGUUACGAAAUCCUAGUUCUAUCAAACUUAGGAUUCCCCUUUUGAAUAAAACAAUGAUCAAACCAACUUCACAUUGUCCUAUAUAUAUCGUAGGAGUAAUAUCUAUAUAUAUACUUAUUACGUACGUAAACCUAUUGUAUUUGUUGACCUACAAAAUUUCACCCCGUUUUCUUCUCAGUCACGGCAAACAUUCUCAUUUUUCUUCAUUCUCUGUUUUCUCAUCCCCAUCGUGUUUUGGAGUCAUCAUGCAGGGCCCCGUUCAACCCAGGGCUAAGCUAGAAUUCCUCAACGCGAUUCCCCCGCGCAAUUACGUGGCCGGUAUGGGGCGCGGCGCCACCGGGUUCACCACCCGGUCCGAUAUCGGGCCUGCCCGUGCUGCCCCUGACCGGCCUGCUGCUGCCAUAGCAGGGGUGGGCCGCGGGAGAGGGAGAGGGACCGGCGGGGAGGAGGAAGAGGAGAAUGAAGAUGUGUAUGAUAAUGAGAGUCAAAGAUUUGAAGGGAAUGAUGUGGGUUUGUUGUAUGCCUCGGCGAAGUACGAUAAGGAGGAUGAGGAAUGGGACGCGAUUGAGGAGAGAUUGGAUAGCCGGAAGGAGAGAAGGGAGGCUAGAUUGAAACGGAAGAUCGAAGAGUACAGGGCGUCUAACCCUACAAUUACUGAGCAGUUCGCUGAUCUGAAAAGGGAGUUGCACACGAUGUCGCCUUCCGAGUGGGAAAGCAUCCCUGAGAGUACUCAUUCGUCCAGGAACAAGAAGAGGAGGAGGUUUGAGAGUUACGUGCCUGUUCCGGACACCCUUCUUGAGAAGGCUAGGCAAGAACAAGCACAUGUCACGGCGUUUGAUCCGAAGAGUUGGGCAGCCAGAGGAACAGAGACCCCUGGGGUUAAUGACUUGACCUUGACCUCGGUGGGUGAAGGGAGAGGGACCCUCCUGUCGCUCAAACUGGAUGGGCUUUCGGAUUCGGUAUCAGGGUUGACAGUUGUUGAUCCCAAGGGAUACUUGACUGAUCUCAACAGUAUGAAGAUGACCAGUGAUGCGGAAAUAUCGGGUACCGAGAAGGAGAGGAUGGUACUUAAGUCGCUAAUCCAAGCGAAGCCCGAAGAACCGCUCGGUUGGAUUGCUGCCGCUAGGUUGGAGGAACGCGCUGGUAAGAUUCGGGCUGCGAGGGAGUUGAUAACCAAAGGUUGCGAGGUGUGUCCAGAGAAUGAAGAUGUCUGGAUAGAGGCGUGUCGGUUGUCAAGACCUGAGGAAGCCAAGGCGGUGAUAGCAAGGGGAGUGAAGGCAAUCCCAAACUCCGUGGAGUUGUGGAUGCAGGCUGCAAAGUUAGAGCGCGAGGAUGAGAAUAAGAGUAGGGUGUUGCGGAGGGGACUGGACCAUGUUCCUGGUUCUGUCAGGCUGUGGAAGGCUGUUGUGGAGCUUGCCCAGGAGGAGGACGCGAGGCUUUUGCUGAUGAGGGCUGUGGAAUGCUGCCCUUUGCAUGUGGAGUUGUGGCUUGCUCUUGCUAGGUUGGAAACCUACGACGGUGCGAAGAAGGUUUUGAAUAAGGUGAGGUUUAGCCUCCCCAAUGAGCCGGCUAUUUGGAUUACUGCUGCGAAAUUGGAAGAAGCAAAUGGGAAUAAUGCUAGGGUGGGAAAGAUUAUAGAAAACGGUAUUCGAGUUUUGCGAAAGGUAGGUGUGGUGAUUGACAGAGAAGCUUGGAUGAAAGAGGCGGAGGCCGCUGAACGAGCUGGAUCUGUUGCCACUUGCCAGGCUAUUGUUCAUAACACAACUGGGGUUGGAGUGGAGGACGAAGAUCGGAAAAGGACAUGGGUUGCCGACGCAGAGGAGUGCGAGAAAAGAGGUUCCAUUGAAACUGCCAGAGCCAUAUAUGCUCAUGCCCUUACAAUAUUUUUGACCAAGAAGAGUAUUUGGCUCAAAGCCGCACAGCUUGAAAAGACUUAUGGGGCCAGAGAAACUCUUGAUGCGCUGCUUCGUAAAGCAGUGACUUACAUGCCACAGGUUGAAGUUCUAUGGUUAAUGGGUGCUAAAGAGAAGUGGCUUGCUGGUGAUGUACCUUCAGCUAGAGCGAUUCUUCAAGAAGCCUAUGCUGCAAUUCCCUACUCAGAGGAGAUUUGGCUUGCUGCAUUCAAGCUUGAAUUUGAGAACCAUGAGCCUGAGAGAGCAAGAAUGCUUCUAGCUAAAGCACGAGAAAGAGGAGGCACAGAAAGAGUGUGGAUGAAGUCUGCUAUUGUGGAGAGAGAAUCGAAAAACACUGACGAGGAGAGGAGGUUACUCGACGGUGGGCUGAAACGCUUCCCUUCGUUUUUCAAACUGUGGUUGAUGCUUGGACAGCUGGAGGAACGACUUGGUUACUUGGAAAGGGCUAAGGAAGUGUAUGAGUUGGGUUUGAAGCACUGUUCCUGCUGUAUUCCCCUUUGGCUUUCGCUCGCUAAGCUGGAGGAGAAGAUGAAUGGGUUGAGUAAAGCUCGAGCAGUUCUCACAAUGGCAAGGAAGAAGAAUGCUCAGAGCCCUGAACUCUGGCUUGCUGCUGUAAGAGCUGAAUCAAGGCAUGGGAACAAGAAGGAAGCAGAUAUUCUGAUGGCUAAGGCGUUGCAGGUGUGCCCCAAUAGUGGUAUACUGUGGGCAGCUUCGAUUGAGAUGGUCCCGCGUCCGCAACGGAAGACAAAGAGCAUGGAUGCGCACAAGAGAUGCGACCACGAUCCACAUGUCAUUGCUGCCAUUGCUAAGCUAUUUUGGCACGACAGGAAGGUAGACAAAGCAAGGAGUUGGCUUAACAGGGCAGUGACUCUUGGACCGGAUAUUGGGGAUUUCUGGGCAUUGUUCUACAAGUUUGAAAUUCAGUAUGGAACCAAGGAGACUCGGGCAGAUAUGUUGAAGAGAUGCAUCGCUGCAGAUCCAAAGCAUGGGGAGAAAUGGCAAGCACUGUCCAAGGCUGUGGAAAAUUCCCACCAGCCAACUGAAGCCGUUUUGAAGAAAGUAGUGGUCGCACUUGGACAGGAAGAGACUUUUGCCGAGGGUAAUAAUUAAACAUUCGGUAUUUUCUUGUUUGUGUAACUGAGCCUUGAAAGGGAAGUACCACUAUUUCUAUACGGGAUUUAGUAGCUUUGCUAUUAUCCUUUGGACAGCUUUUUGGGGCAUUGAACUUUGUUGUAGAUUAAGUUUCAUUUUCCGUCCUUGCUUUGUUUGGUUA